AGUCUUAAAGAUAUCGUAGCAUGAUAAAGACGCGUAAAAAAGUAAUUUCAAUUGGUUUAUAGUGAAAAAACUGUCACAAAAAAUUCGACAGCGCAAAUAUAAGAGGCAUAUUUUAUAAUCUUAAUAAAAUAUACAAUUAUUUAAUGUUUACAAAAUAAAAAAAUAUGUAAAUAAUUCAUAAUUAACUGCAGAUAAAAAUUGAAUUUUGCUUUGUGUAUUGUUAGCAAAUUUAUUCAUUUUCAUUUUAUUGUUGGCGGUUGAAAAAUCUGUUCUGCGUAUAAUUGUUGUAAAAAACAGUGAAAAAUAAAUAAAUGCGAAACAGCAAGCAAAAUAAAAUUGAAAAUAUAAACAAGUGUCAGUUAAAAUAUUAUGCAUCACAAAUAAAUAAAAAACACAAAACAAUAAGUAAACUGAAAACGGGUUUUUGUAUAUAACAAAACGAAAAAAGCAAAAAAAGGUGAAAACAACAAAUAAUUUUGUGCAGUUGAAGGGAAAUAAAAUAAAUUAAAUUCAUACACUGAAAAUGAUAGAAAGCGAGAACCAAACCUACACUCAGGUGCCGCUGGAGAAUAAGCACGGCGAAAGUAAUGCCAACAAAACGGCGGACGAUACACCACAACAGAAAGGUGAUAUGGAGAAACAGGCAAACUCUAAACUUAAGAAAGAAGCGGAGAACGCGCCCGAACAUCCACCAACGAGUUAUGUCACAACACUUAUACACAUAUUUAAGGGCAACAUUGGACCCGGUCUAUUCGCUAUGGGCGAUGCCUUCAGAAAUGGCGGUCUGUUGGUGGGACCCAUACUGCUUGUCGUUAUCGGUGUUAUUUCGGUGCAUUGUCAGCAUGUGCUCGUAAAUUGUUCGGAGAAAAUGCGAGCGCUAACUAACGGUGUUGUAUGCGCCGAUUAUGCGGAUACUGUGGAACAGUGUUUCGAAAAUGGGCCGGUGAAGCUGCGUACAUGGUCGAAAAUGAUGAAGACAAUUGUGAAUAUUUUCAUUUGUGUUACACAGCUGGGUUUCUGCUGUAUUUACAUUGUAUUCAUCAGUACAAAUAUGAAACAAAUAUUUGAUGCCUACAAUAUUGAAAUCGAUGUGCAUCUCGUUAUGGUAAUUAUUUUCGUGCCGAUACUGCUCACCUCGCUGAUAACCAAUUUGAAAUGGCUGAUGCCCGUUUCCCUGAUCGCUUCCAUUUGCAUGAUUGUCGGUUUGGCCGUUACUAUAUUCUACGCUCUCAAGGACGGUGUGCCCAGCGCUGAGGAACGUAAACUCUAUACCGAUGGCCCACAUUUGGCGUUAUUCUUCGGCACUGCCAUAUUUGCUUUUGAGGGCAUAACUCUGGUGCUGCCACUGCGCAAUGCCAUGCGUAAGCCGACGGACUUUGCGCGCACGAUGGGCGUGCUGAAUAUGGGCAUGUGCUUGGUCACAUUCAUGUUUCUAUUCGCCGGCAUUUUGGGUUACCUCAAGUGGGGUGAAGAUGUGGGCGGUAGUUUGACGCUGAAUCUGGGCGAUACGAUUUUGGCUCAGUGCGUGAAGGUGAUGGUGUCGGCCGGUGUCUUGCUCGGUUAUCCACUGCAAUUCUUUAUUGCCAUACAAAUUAUGCUGCCCAAUGCUCUGCAGUUGAUGCAUUUACAAAAUCGUCCCUUCUCCGGCGAGUUGCUGUUCCGCACAGUUAUGGUGGUGCUGACGUUAUGCAUUGCCGAGUUAGUUCCUGCUCUGGGUCUCUUCAUGUCACUCAUCGGUGCUCUGUGCUCCACCGCUUUGGCCUUGGUAUUUCCGCCGAUGAUUGAGCUACUCAUCAAACGUGAUGACAACAAAGGACCGGGCGUUUGGCUGUUCACCAAAAACAUUGUCAUACUCAUACUGGCAUUGUUGGGCUUCUCCACCGGCACCUAUGAGAGUUUAUCGCAAAUUGUGACACAUUUCAAUGAGGUGCAAUAACAUUUAUUCAUGUGAAAGGGAGAACUUUCGAAACGGUGUCACUCGAAUAGGUGUAACUAACUAUGUAUGUGUGUAGCUUAGUUUUAAUUAUGAUAAGUUCUUUUAUUUUGAAUUUAUUAGACUACACUUUUAGCGUAGGAAAGCGUUGACUUAUCGUGCGUUUAUGUGCCAAUGUGAUUUGUAUUUACAUAUCUACUAAUGUCAGUUGCUAGCUAUUUUUACAAAACAAUUUUGUGUAAUUUAGUAAAAAAAAAAAAACGAAAAUAUUUUAAAACAAUCAAAAUUCUUGCCUACAAAAUAUUUAUUAUUAAAUCACAAAGACAACACUGCUGUUAUUACAUAAUUAGUUGAUUAUUAACUUUUUAUGCGAACAGAGAGCUUAGUUUUAGAUUUUAGAAGUGCCAAUUGGAAACCCGGAAUAUAUGCACAUAUGUAUGUAUGUAUGUGUGUAGUGUGUAAGAUCAAAGGCGAAGCUUUAAAAAUGUUUGUAUG